CCUCAUGAUCCCACCCACACACGGCAUCCGGUACCAGUGGGAGACACCGCGUCCAACUCUGAGCUGCACGUCAGUCGUCACGUGCCAUGGACAGAGGUCAAGCGGCCACAGCGCCAUGGUCGUCAAUGUCGGCAGCGGGCGCGGUGGUAGCGCUGGCGCUUGCAGUGUCGACGCUCGCGCUGCCGGCUGCCGCGGCGGCCUCUGGGUUCAGCUGCAGGCCCGGCGCGCGGCCGGUGGUGUUCAACUUCGGGGACUCCAACUCGGACACGGGUGGCAUGGCGGCGGCCAUGGGGUGGCACCUCACGCCGCCGGAGGGCCGCGCCUUCUUCCGCCGCCCCACCGGACGGUUCUGUGACGGCCGCCUCACCAUCGACUUCCUCUGUGAAAGCUUGAACAUAAGCUAUUUGAGCCCGUAUCUGAAGGCAUUGGGUUCCAAUUACAGCAACGGUGCAAAUUUCGCCAUUGCCGGAGCAGCAACACUACCACGAGAUGUUCGAUUUGCGUUGCACAUACAAGUCCAGCAGUUCUUGUACUUCAAAGAUAGAUCCUUGGAACUCAUCGAUCAAGGUCUGAGUGGUCCAAUUGAUGAACAAGGAUUCCAAAAUGCCCUAUAUAUGAUAGAUAUAGGACAGAAUGAUGUAAACGCUCUUCUGUCCUCCUUGCCUUAUGAACAAGUUCUUGCGAAACUCCCACCUAUACUUGCUGAGAUCCAGGAUGCUGUUCAGACUCUAUAUAGCAACGGGAGCCGAAACUUUUGGAUACACGGGACAGGGGCUCUUGGUUGCCUGCCUCAGAAGCUCGCCAUACCGAGGAAAAACGACAGCGAUCUUGAUCAGAAUGGCUGCCUCGAGACCUACAACAGAGCUGCAGUUGCGUUCAACGCAGCGCUGAGCAGCCUCUGCGAUCAGCUGAGCACGCAGAUGAAAGAUGCGACGAUAGUCUACACCGAUCUGUUCCCCAUCAAGUAUGAUCUUGUUGCCAACCACACGAAAUAUGGCUUUGACAAGCCGCUGAUGACAUGCUGUGGGUAUGGCGGGCCUCCCUACAACUAUGAUUUCAACAAGGGCUGCCAGUCUCCUGAUGUGAUGGCCUGCCACGACGGCUCAAAGUUCGUCAGCUGGGAUGGCGUGCACCUCACAGAGGCUGCCAAUGCCGUUGUGGCGGCAGGGAUACUAAGUUCUCAAUACUCCAAGCCCAAGCUCAAGUUUGAUCAGUUCUGCAGUGUCUGAUAGUUGUCAAUACCUGAUAUUGUACCUUUUAGUUGAGGAAAAUUAACAGGAGAGAGAUGGCAUGCCAGGCUCGAAAAUAGUGGGCCUGCUUGGUUUAUCUGUAGAGGAAUGUGAUUUAAGUCAAUGCAAUAUUGUUGCUCGAUGAAGAGAAAACAUCCCCUCCCUUUUACUAAACCAUGGGGAGCCCGAGUAGUUUACCGGGCAAAUUUAGUCAUGCCACAUGAAUGAGUUGCCUGUUUGAUCCAUUAGUCAUGCCACAUAAAUUUAAUGGAAUGAAGGAGCGACCAAGGCAAUUAGAGGGUGGACCAAAUUUUGGAUGGUCUUUUAUAAUUAUCAUCCAACACACUUCUCUUCUAAUUUGGAUAAGAUCACAUAGUUCCUAAAAAACUACUAACCCUAGAAACAAUGCUACAAAAGUCUUGAUGCAAAGCGGAAGCAAGAACACAAGAGGAACAAAUGCAUACACUCCGGCGGCUGACCGUGAUUCGGUCCGGUCUCACAGAGAGGGGAACAAAAGAUAUUUGAAACUUUGUCUCCUUGAUGAUCUGAUCACAGGCCUUGGCGGUUUGACCGCUACACUUGGCGCUCUGACUCCUAGCCACAUAGAAAACACAACAGAAACUCUCUUAGGCUAACAAAAUCCAAAGGUGAAAUCCCAUCAAAGGACCUCCAAAUUCAAUGAAUUUUGAAACAGAGAUACAUCUAGACA